CGUUCGUGCAACUAUGCACACAUACAAUUACGAUUAAUUUAUUAAAUUGAUCGGCCCAUUGGUCUAUUGCAAUUCGAUUAAAAUUUCGUUGAACCAACGCACAUGUAUAAAUUAGCAUGUUUAACACGCUGCAUUAAAAUCGCAGAAUGUAUGUAAAUUAUUGGUAAACUGUAUGCUCGAAUUAUGAACAUUCGUGGUGCCUGGUAUCAGAAAGCUUGACUACGCGGCAUCGAUGGUUCUUAGUAUUCACACAUAGUAAGUUUAUCUCCCUGACGGUUCAUCGGAUGAAUAAUUGCCGACGAUGCCCAACAAGGACAGUAUAAAUGAAGACCUUUGUAAUUAAUGAACGGCCGUGGGAUCGUUGUUUCUUAAAGUGUUCUGGCUGUUGUUAUCAUUGUGCUCGCCAGAACAACAUAACCUUUAACGAAAUAUGUUUCCGUCGAAGGAUUUAGGAAAGUCGGAUUACAUCAGUUUAAAUAUCCAGGAGAGUGCUACAUUCGCGCGAGGAUCGUCACGUAGCCUUUGGAGACAAUGGAACCAGUUGUCAAGGUUUCAAAGAAAUAUCCUUUAUUUUUUAGUCAUUACAAUCAUACUAAUUAUAUUUUAUCUGUUACCUGGUGAUAAUAAGAAUGGAGUUUUAGAUGAAAGUGACUACAAUAAUAUAGAGGUAGUGCAAGAUACUCUUAAGUAUGAGAAGGCGGCAGAAGAUAUUGUAGUGGAUAAUGUAAAUCAGGAGCAUAAGGGAGGUGGGGAGGUCAUCGAGGAACCUGAAUUUCAGCCAGAAAUAAAUCAGGUGGAUGAUGAUCAAAUUGGAGAGCCACCUCAACCUAAGCCAAAUACACUUAAAUUUAAUGGACCACAAAAUAACAGACAACAAGCUGUAGUUGCAGCAUUUAAACAUUCGUGGAAUGGGUAUAAAGAAUAUGCUUGGGGAUAUGAUAAUGUGAAACCAAUAUCAAGAAAGUACUAUGAAUGGUUUGGCUUAGGCCUUACUAUAGUCGAUUCUCUUGAUACUAUGUAUAUAAUGGGGUUAAAUAAUGAAUUUUUAGAAGCUAAAAUGUGGGUUGAGAAAAAUUUAGUAUUUACUUCAAAUAGAGAUGUUAAUUUAUUUGAAGUUACAAUUAGAGUGUUAGGAGGUCUAUUAUCGGCAUAUCAUCUUUCUGGUGAUAAAGUUUUCUUAAAUAAAGCUACAGUGUUAGGGGAAUGUAUGAUGCCAGCGUUUUCUACUUCAUCUGGUGUUCCUUAUUCCGAUGUAAAUCUUGGUACUAAAACUGCACACGGUCCAAAAUGGGGUCCUGAUAGUAGUACAAGCGAAGUUACCUCCAUCCAGUUGGAAUUUCGCGAUCUAAGUCGCAGUACAGGAGAUCCUAAAUUUGAGGAAGCAGUAGCAAAAGUUUCGGAACAUGUGCACCAGUUAGAAAAAUACGAUGGUUUAGUGCCCAUUUUCAUUAAUGCUAAUACUGGACAAUUUAGAGAUCAUGCAACAAUUACGCUUGGCGCACGUGGUGAUAGUUAUUACGACCUACGAGAUGAUUAUCUGUUAGGUAUUGCUGGAACUCAAAAACAUUUAGUAAAACAUACAGCCAUUAAUAAGUAUCUUUUCAUAGCAGAACUAGUUGGAGCAAACAAAGAAAUAACGCCAAAAAUGGAUCAUCUUACUUGUUACUUGGGAGGUACAUUAGCUUUAGGAGUACAUCAUGGGCUACCAUCUGAUCACAUGAAUUUAGCUAAUGAAAUUGUUAAGACAUGUUAUCAAACGUAUGCAAUUCAGCCUACGUUCCUCGCUCCAGAAAUCACUUACUUCAAUAUUCAGAGUACAAAUGGAGAGAAAUCAAUGGAUAUGUAUGUAAAGAUGAAUGAUGCUCAUAACUUGCUCAGACCAGAGUUUAUUGAAAGUCUUUUCUACAUGUGGUAUUUUACUGGAAAUAAGACAUUCCAAGACUGGGGAUGGCAAAUAUUUCAAGCCUUUGAAAACUAUACAAAAGUGGAAAAGGGGUACACCAGCAUUGGCAAUGUGAGGAUUGUUUAUAAUACGCCACAAAAAGAUAUGACAGAAAGUUUUUGGUUUGCUGAAACUUUAAAAUAUUUGUACUUGUUGUUCGAUGACACGAGACAAUUAGUAGAUUUGGACAGAUGGAUAUUCAAUUCCGAAGGACAUCCAUUACCCAUGCACUGGCAGCACCGUCUGCGUGAUCGGCACUGCAUUCUCAAUCACCUCGGUAUCGGUGUUAGCGUUCAAUUUAUUUGUCACCGGAGUAGUAGGUGUGGUCGGUGUGAUUUUACCAGAACAUGCUUCAUCUGGUAUGUCGUAGUCUACCAAAGGUAUAGAAGUCUGCAGCGGUGGGGGUGAAUCGUUCGACAUGAUGACACUGUGAAACGAAACUUUCUUCAGAUUCAGAUUCAGAUUCAGAUUCAGAUUCAGAUUUAGAUUCUUUUCGAUUUCUAUUUUAACAUAGCUAACUCUCUCGCUUUGAUCCUAGAAUAACACAUUUUUCUUUAACCUCUUAACUGGUUAAGGCGAAAUAUUUCGUCAUACCAGGAAGAUAACUGCAUGACGACAUUUUUCGUCGUGAAAAUUUUAAAAGUAAUGUGUGAUAAUAUUUUAUUUAAGGAAUUUAUAUAUUUGCUUAAUAUGUCAUAAAAUAUUUUGUCAAAAUAAAUAGUCAACGAUUUUCUUUUCUUUUAUUACUUUAGGCGUAAUAAUAUAACUUCUCACUGCGAAGGAAAAAAAUCCUCAUUGUGAAACAAGUUAUUUUUAUGUGAAUCAAAGUUAAUUCCCCUGUUAAGAGGUUUUUACUACCACUACACAUUCACUCAGGUGUCUUUUAUAGAUUCAUUGUGUGAUUUUCGUGUGAUCGACUUUAAAUACGUAAAAAAUCUGGAAAAUCUUUACUGAAAUACGUGUAGUUUAAGAUUCAAGUGCAAAAUAUUAAAAAGAACUUUUUCGUUUGUAAUUAUUUUGCAACUCAGUGGCCAAAGUCAGGUUAAACAUCUUCCUUAGGUUAUGAUCUUACGUUGGUACCUUAGGUCAUGAGAAACACCAACGUGCAAUUCCAAGAUUGCUUCAAAUAAAAUGUUCUAAAAUUUGGAAGUGAUUAUUCUAGUGUAAGAAAUUGUAUUGCAUAAAAUGCGAGAUUUACGAGUUUUGAUGAAUUUUACAAUUGAUGAACAUUGUUGGUUGCGGAAAACGAUACUUGGCAUAUAGGAUAUAAAAGCUAGCAGGUGUAAUAUUUGUAAAAAGCUGCAUGGAAGAACUCGAAAGGUAUAUUAUCAUGCAUUAACGAUUUUCAUAAGUUAAAUUCAAGUAAGAUUUCAUAAGUUAAAUUCACGUAAGACAUCGAUCCGUUGAUCUGGUCAACUAGUGCCUCUAUUAUUCAAACUUGUCACGCAGUUGACCCUGGUCUUUUUACUAUUCAGCUCAAGUUAGUCUUGCUCGUGCUUAUCGCAAUGCACCAAAAAAAUCUUAACUCGACGUUGAAUGCUUGCUUCCCGUAAUGAAUCGUAUGGUUUUUGUUCUUUAUUUAUCUUGUGAUUUACUGUGACAACACAGUUACUACUAUAUACACAUCUUGACAUAAUACAUACACAAACCUAGCACUGUGUGAUUAUUGGAAUUUGCUCGUUCGAACACAAAAAUAUUUAUGAACGACGACAAUAUAGACGAGUACAACAUCUUUUCAUCGGACGGGUGGCCCCUACAAAGGGGUUUCCAUUUUUUUUUCUCCCCUCCCCCCCAUCUCUUCUAUCUAUUUAAGUAUUUGAUAGAAAGUGUAAAGAAGAAGACGUACCACCUAGCUCUCAUACACGGAUGCAUUCUACUCUUUUCCUCGGACGUCAGAGUCGAAUAAAAGGAUAUUUGCUUGGCCAUUUUGCGGGUAUUUCGUGGAUUUCGGCCGAUUAGAAUCAUGCCAUUUCACGUAAGAAUUUCUCGCCGCCUCGGGAAUCUGUCUUUUCUUUUCCAUCAACGUAGCGAGCAAAGCGUCGCGUCUCUCCUCCUGUUUUAUAUAUCAAGUUUCACAUGUCACUGAUCACACUUUCGGUUAUCGAUUUCUCGAUCCGAUCAAAGUCAAAUGCAAUUUUACAUGCCGCGAUUAAACGCGCGAUAUUUGAACGUCGCGACAAGAGGAACAACUGAACGAACAAGAAAAUAUAACAUUCAAAGGAGUUCCCGGGCUUUACUUUUGUUAUUUCGAUCUACAAAAUAAAAAGAAAUUAUUUCCUUCAUAAGAACCUUCGAGAAAGAAACGGCGACAAAUAUUUGCAAAUAUUUGCAACUAAUCGAGGCCGGUAAUAGCGGUAACAGCUUCUACUGAUGAACUGCAUGCAUUGAAACGUAUUUGGUUAUAAUGAAACGACCGAGCUUUGUACAUGUACCAAACACGAUAAUUUUCACACACAAAAGAAGCACGAAAUUGUAAGUUUCGUAAUCGAAAUUGUUAGACCGCUCGACAAUGAAUUCUGAUCUACAUUAAACGAAAAAUAAAGAAUUAAAAGAGAUUACGUUCAUGCACACGUGAGAUUACAUGUUCCAACUGGUAACAUUUACACACGUUUGAGAAUUUACAAGAGCAAAGUACACUUCUACAAGAAAAAAUUUAAAAGAAGACAGACAUAAAAAGACGUUACAUCACGAAAUAAAAACUCAUUAAAACGGACAAAUAACAGAAGUACAAAUUCAUUAGCAUAGUCAAGACAAUCUUGCUGUAUCUCAGUUGAUCGUUACUUUCUCAGUUGCGUGUAGAAACAAUCGACAAAAAUCCAAUUCUACUUACGAUAGCUCGAUAACAUCGAUAGUUAUCUCGAUACUCGAACCACUAUUGUUCGUUAACCGGAACGAGAGUUCAUUAUUAGCAUGAUUUCUUUACAUAAGAUUCUAAGAACGAAACUGAAAGAAGUGAGAAAUAGAGGAAUUAUAAAAAAAAAAGAAGAAAAAAGAAACACUUCAGUUACAAACUAAUAAGAAGUAAACUAUUUUUAAGCUCUAAUUGAACUGCUACAAUAUCGAGAAUUACACAGCAAAUUAUUGUGAACCUUCUUUUCUUCCCCUCACUAGCAUCCUAUGCAAGAGAUUGAUGUAAUCAAAGACAAUAGAGAUCAAAAGAGGAGAAUUAGUUUAUCUUUGCAAAAGAAAGUCAUUCAUAAAUAACACCAAAUUCAAGAUCGCAAAUAACACGUAUUCAAGAUCAGUCAGUGGCGCAAGCGAAAAGUGCACCUGUAUCAUUUGCAUGGAUAAAGUUACUAGAAUUUUAUCAAUACACUAUAUGUGUGUGUGUGUGUAUUUAAAAAAUUAUUUGUUAUGAAUAAUAAAAAUACACUGCUCGGGUACACGAACGUGUCACGUUUGAGAAUCCACGUUGAACUGCUCGAUCUUUCUCCUAAUACUGUCCCAUCCCGCGUGUACACAAUACACUUAAAUGGUCGGAAUUCUGCUUCGUUAAGCGGCCAUUUCUAUCCCCACUAUUUCUCGAAGCAUCUGAUGUUAUACAUAUAUAGUAUACAAGUACGUAUACAAGUAUGUCAGAUAUCGAUAGAUCAGUGUUGUUCAAUCAAAAAAUAAAAAAGAAAGAUACUCGAUACUUCGAUUCUCGAGAUAUGCAUCCCUCGAUCGAACCAGUUAAAAUCCAACUUGUGGCCAGUUAGCGAAGCAGUACCGUAUGUGUCGGAUAUAAAAGUUUGCAUUGAACUUUGUAUCACGCUUAUUACGCUAUUAAAAGAAACAAGGAAACGUACUUUCUUUUGCAGAAUUUCUAUUACAUUCACAUUUAAGCAGAAUGGUGAAAAAAUUGUUGGAUAAACAAAAUCUUUGUCACAAAUAGUAUUUCAAAUUUAAAGAGCACACGAGAACUUUUACGUCUGGCUGUACUUUUCGUGUGGACCGCAGGACCGUAUUCUCCAACGAAAAUCACCCCCACCACUUUUAACCUAUGGCUGUAAGCACGAUCCACGUAUAGAAAUUCAAGGAAACAACGCGCGUAACAGAAUGUAUAAUUCCUCUCCAAUAAUUAACAUAUCAUAAUUAACAAAUCAGAUAAUAAUGUAUCAUAGAGUAUAUUACGUUCGUUUGAGUAUUUUCAAAUAAAAUUCCCCGAUACGUGAUACGGCACAACAAUAUCUGUAAAGUAAAAGGAUCUUAUUGGGGACAACUUAAAAAGAAUGUCCGCUGAAUGAAAGUUUCACAAAACCGCAGGCGGGAUUAGUAUCACUUUUCAGAAAUUACGUAAGCGAAAAAUUUAUUAUUAGAAUUGUGGAAAUGUAAGGUAUAAACAACGAAAUUAUUCGGAUUUCAAAUAUUGGUCACACAGUUGGAACUAAUUAUUUCUUGCGAUACGUGUUUACGUACGAAGGCUACGCAGCGCCCCAUUAUAUGUGAUAAAGAAAAAAAUUAUUUCCAAGUCGAACUGCACUGACUAUGAGUAUAUUAUUGAAUUCAAUAGAAUAGAAUUUUCAUGAUUGCAAUUGAAAGCCACUUAUCUUGUUGCUGUUGCGAAGGGCAACUCACUUACCGAUUUCUCUACGAUUUAUUAAAGAAGUGGAUACAAGUGGAUACUACUCUAGAUAGAGAAGUGGAUACAAGUGGAUACUAGUUUUCUAAAAAUUAUCUUCUACAAAUGAUAAUGUAAGAUCGACCAAAAUUAUCCUUAAAAAUAUAGAAUUCAGAUUUCUGGAAUUUCUCAGAGGAGAACAAAGCGAUUAUCUAAUAAAGUCGACAAAUAAAUGAGAAAAUGCAGGGAAGUUUCAAAAUCGAUCGGAGAAGCAAAGGAACGAGAGAAACAGAGAGUCGAGAUCGGCUCUGGGAGAGAACGACAAAGGGUGAGAAAAGAAAUGCUUAACCUCGAAAUCUGGCGGAUCGGCUUUUGCUGAACUUACUCGUAAGAGCCACGCUGUGGCAACGGAUUCUUAAAACGCAUAACUUCGUGAUCAACGAGACAAUUAUCGGAACGUAUUUGACUUGAUUACAGUUGUUUACAUUCACAAAUGACGGUACGCAAGGCCGAAAUUACGUAGCAUCUCAAUUUCGACGAACGACGAGCACGCAGCACACGAAAGACUGGCAAGAGACAAGCGAAGCACCAUACGAGCUAAAGGGGGAGCAGGUGAGGUAGAGACGAAGCUUGCCGGGUGAACGGCGCACAGUGGGGUAUUUGCACUGAAAUAUUGAACGAGAUUAUUUCAUAUUAAUUAUCAAUUAUGUUAUGUCAUUUCAAUAGAGAUCAAACGAUGUAGCAUCGCACAUCAUUCCUAGCGUCGUCGAUUUAUUUCGCGGAAGAGUUAUGCGAUGCAACUGCUAACUUUCAAAGUAUCGCGUUACAUUGAAAAACUCGUUAACAUGCACGAUUUUGGAAAAAAUUUCGCCAACGAGGCGAAUUUGAAAAAGAUUAACUAGCAAUAAAUUACUAGUGAUAAUUGCCAACUGGCUUUCGAUUCUCUACGAAAAUUUCUAUGAAUUUCCAUUUGAGAUGAACAUUCUAGCAUUUGUCGAUAAUUUUAAGCAAAAAAAUUAUCUAUUUAUUUCAUUAAUAGCGCACUAAGAAAAGUUGUGAGAUUGUUGCCUCGUGCGUCAUGCACGAUUGGACGAGUAUCUAAUUAUCAAGGAUGAUAUCUAAUUAUUACGUAAUGGGAAUAUAAUAAUUUUAUUAGAAGGUUAUUUUCAACGCAAAACAUUAUGACAUAGUAAUGGGCGCAUAUGUCGCGAAGCAAACUUUUAUCUACUACUAUCUAACAUAUAUUAGAUUCUUUGUUCUCUUUCUCAAAAUAUUUCUUCAUUUCUUAUACACUGUAUUGCAAUGUAAAAUUUUUUAAAGUAAUAUAUCAAUAUAAUUUAACGAUUAAAAAUAUUAUAUUAUAGACACAAUUCAAAAUGCAAACGUAAAUUGAAUACGUAUUGGUCGAAACUAAUGUACCCUUCUCCCCUUGUCACUAUAUUCCCACUGCUUAAUAUAUUAAGGACCGGAUGUAUUUUUACCAUCGUUAAUUUUUUUUCUCAUGUGUCGUUAUGAAGUUCCUUGUUAACAUUAUACGAAACUUACUAGAAAAAUAUUAAAAGCUACUGAAAAUAAUUAUUUACAGUAAUAACAUCCUGAUCUUUUUUUCUCUUUCUAUCUCUCUCCCCACAGAAUACUGUUAUAAUUUAAAGUGAAGAUACUUUUGGAUUUUUACAUAAGCAGAGAUAACAUAUCAAUAACAUAUCAAUUUUAUCGUACUUUGCAAAUAUUGUAAUGUAUUGCGUAUAAUAUCAUUAACUUUUCUGCUGAUACAUAAUGAGAUUUCGCCGAGGGACGUUCUCUUCAGUUAGUCUCAUUAUAUCUUUUAAUGUAUAAGCAAGCCUACGUAAAACCGGUUUUAAAGUAGAAUGGACACAGAAAAAAAUGAAACCUCUCGUGUCGAUAGUUUUUGAAAAAAAUUUACUAGAAAUUUACUAAUUCCAAUCUUGUACAAUAUAAAUACGUACGAUUAAAUAAUAUAAUUAUUCAAUAUAUCGUAUCGCCAAGAAGUUUUCAAGAAAUACUUUUAAAAACUGUUUUUCAACGUACAUUUAAAAAUGAACAUAAAAUGUUCAUAGAUACUUAAAUAUGUAUUAGUUUUGAUCCAAUAUAUAUCAUAAAAUCUGAUUUUUCUUCAUUUCCAUGAAAAAUAGAAAUUGCAUAUGUUUAUAUCUGAAAACGAAUGUUAUGUUUGAAAGUAUAGUAUUAACACGUGUUACUGACACACACACAUGCAUGCUUAUUUCUUUUACCUUCAAAGAUGACAGAUUAAAUUACAUCUUUACCUUCGUGGAAGUUACUCGACACCACAAAGCGUUUGACACGAGAUAUUAAGAUUCGAUGAAAAGAGACAGAAUGUUAAACACUGAUUGGUACGAAUUUCUCCAUGUACGUUAUAUCAAUAUUACUAACAAGAGAGCAAUUAUCUAAUAUCAAUAAAUUAGAAGAGUCACUAUUUUGACUCGUGCAAAUUAAAAUUUUUACAAUGCCAAUGUUAGCACUUUAUGUAAUACCAUACUUUGAAUAUUUUUUAUAUUAUCUCGGUUUUUUGUACAUUAGAUUAAAUAAAUCUUGAGCAAUCUCAUAUUAGUAGAUUAGAGAUUAACGCACACAACUAUGUACAUGAAUAUUAGUUUCAAUUAUUAUUUGCAUUUACGUACAGAAAACUUGUUUCUCAGAGAUUGAGAGAGUAAAGAAACAUAUUCGUCAGAUAGAAUGUCUUCAAAUCCAACGUAGUGCAUUUCAUAAAAAUUCGAGAUAUUUCAUAAAAUCACUGUUCAAGAUGAACGUAAUUACACAAAUACUCUAAGUGCAAGUUUAAAGAAACUCGGCAGCAGCCUAUUUUGACGACGAUUAUGCAAGUGUUAACGACACGAUGAAGUUCUAGUAUCGCAAGGAAAAUAAAGAGAUUAGAAUGCUAUUCGAUUAUUUGUUUCAAGAAUGGAAAAUUUUACCUGUCAGAUGUGCAAGGAAUUUCUUCCGCGUAA